AUGCUACGACAUCAACUGGGCCGCAUUGCGCCUUUUAUCGCCAUCGCCAUUGCUGCAGCCGCGGCAGGGGUGCUGGCGUCGCCUGUGGACACAGUGGAAUCAGUACCACUGCCAGGUGAAGAAAAGCCAAUCCCUCCGGGAGAAUCCGACUACUACAUCCGACUAUUCGCAUGCGCCGUGCUGGUCAUUGCUGGUGGGCUGCUCGCCGGGCUGACCCUCGGGCUGAUGUCUCUGGACGAGACCAAUCUGCACAUCCUGGCGACGUCCGGAACGCCCCAGCAGCAGCUGUACGCUAAGCGUAUCCAGCCGAUCCGCAAGAACGGCCACUGGCUCCUGGUGACCCUCUUGCUCGGUAAUACAGUGAUCAAUGAGACUUUGCCCAUUGUCAUGGACUCCAUCCUCGGCGGCGGCGUCAAGGCCGUUCUGGUAUCGACAGCAUCGAUUGUGCUGUUUGGCGAGAUCAUCCCGCAGUCGCUAUGCGCUCGAUACGGCCUGGCGAUUGGCGCCUUUUUCGCCUACCCCGUGCGCAUCCUGCAGUACAUUUUGUCGCCACUCGGCUACCCUAUCGCCUUACUUCUGGACUACGUGCUGGGCCCUGACCACGGCAUCACGUACAAAAAGGCAGCUCUGAAAGAGCUGGUUUCCCUGAGUGACACCGCGCACGGCGGCAACCUGUCGGCCGACGAAGUGACGAUUAUCCGCGGGGCGCUCGAACUGGGCGAAAAGCUCGUCGUCGAAGUAAUGACUGAUCUCAACAACGUCUACAUGGUCGACAUUAACGCGCGGUUGGACCGCAGCCUGCUCACCGAGAUGCUGCGCCAGGGCCACAGCCGUGUGCCAGUGUACGAGGGCGAGCGCACAAAUGUCGUCGGCGUGCUUCUGGUCAAAUCCCUGAUCCUCCUUGAUCCUGAUGAUGCCGUGCCGGUGCGCGAGACACGCAUGUCGGACAUCCCGUUGGUUACGCCGGAUAUCUCUCUGUACGAUAUCCUGAAUGCCUUCCAGGAGGGCGGCAGCCACAUGGCCGUUGUGGUCGGGCCAAGGGCGGAUCGUGAGGGAACCAAUUUGCGCGCACAAGAGUCCACUCCUCUCCUUGGCGCCGCCACCGACGAUCCAGCCUGGCCACCGCUGUCGCCGCUGCCGCUGGUGCGCAGGCUACACUUUGCACCCAUAGGUAUCAUCACUCUGGAAGACGUUAUCGAGGAGCUUAUUCAGGAGGAGAUUAUCGAUGAAACCGAUGUGUUUGUCGAUAUGAGGCAGAAGAUUAAGGUUAUGCGGGCCGUCAAGCUUGUGCAGAACUUGAGUAUUGCUCCGCAGGGGAAAUCCAACGCGGCCUAUCGGUCGGUGACGGGAUCUUCUGCGCCAACCGGUGAUGAGACGCAGCAGGAAGUGGCAGCUGCGGCGGCGGCAAAAAAACGUGGAGUGGCAUUCAGCAGCAGGCGCCGUAGAAACGAUUAA